GUUUCCGCUGCCGCCCACCGACAUGAGACAUCCCUGACAUCGUGGGAAACUCGCCCGAUCCGGAUAGCGCCCGCAACAGGCUGAAUAAUCAUGAAGUCGACAUCAUCGAUCUCUUCCGCCACUUUACCGUAAUCCCAGUGAACCAUCAUGCCUCGGAGCUUAGAAACCAAAGCCUGUAACGCCUGCGCGAUAGCGAAGCGGAGGUGCGAGAAGCAGACGCCGCAUUGCCGCCGAUGCAGGACUCGGGGCAUGGCAUGCACGUAUCCUCCGACGAAGCCUGGUCUAUUCGGCCUUUUCGAGGGGGAGAAUUCAUUUUCCGUCCAGCAGGAUGUUUCAGCUCUCACUACUCCGCCGUUGUUUGUAAGCUCUCUGGAACGUGAGAGAGAAACUGAUGCUGGGUUGUCGCCGCGACUUGAUCUGUCGCUGGCCAACAGUAUUGCGAGCGCCCAGCCGGCUUCCACGUGGUUCACGUCAUCUGAGGCGUGGAAAAUCGCUCCUUCGCCGGAAGUUACUGGUGAUGCACUUUGUAUGGCGGAUGUAAAAUAUCACAUCCGAAACAUCCAUCAGUGGCUUAAACAAUGGGUUGCCAAGGGCAGCAACCCCUUCAUCCACACACGGCUUUAUCAAACCCGAUUCCCCCCGUGUAUCCAAGAUGCAUAUAUGGCUAUGUCAUGCUACUUCUCUAAAACAGACUUAAAUGAGCUGACGGUAUUUCGAAUUAUCGAGGACCGCGCGAGGCGGUUAGUAGAGGAUGGCUUGACCGACUCGUUGCUGGGAACUCCACUUGAUACACAUGAGCAUUUAGCUCGGGUCCAGGCAUUGGCGAUGUACCAGGCUAUAUGUCUGUAUGAUGGAGAUAUCAGACUUCGACAUCUUGCAGAGGGUUAUAUUCCAGUACUGAAUAGCUGGAUCCGAGAAAUGGUUGACCAUGCUACUCAAACUCCAUGUUUGGGUCGUCUGGUCAUGGCAUCUCCUUAUGAGCAUACAGCUAUUGAACCAAGAGGCGAGAACUUAUUAUGGUACUCCUGGAUACUCGCUGAGAGCAUUCGACGCACAUCAAUGCUUGCUGCGAGUAUCCAGUCGAUCUAUUUGAUACAUAGAGAUGGAACAGCUUCUUGCUAUGGUAGUAUGACGUUCACGACCAAGCAAGGGGCGUGGGACGUUGAUUCGGCCUAUGAGUGGGAGAAAAUGUGCUCGGAAGUGAAUGUUGGGUUUGUCCAGCUGGCUGAGGCGCCUAUCCUCCUUACUAAGGCGGAGCCAGAUGAUGUGGAUGAGUUUGCGAAGGCGAUGCUGUCGAUAAUAUGUGGUGCGAGUAGGGUUAAUAGGUGGAUAAAUAGAUAAUGUAAAAUAUGUAAUGAUGUUCUCAGUUCCCCGAUAUAUCACUGCAAGUAAGUAAUAUGUGUGAGCUGUGGGGGUCCUUCACGGAGCUCCAUUCCAGCCACACGUUAUAGAUACUCCGGGAUCUGAUAGUCAAUGGCCUUACUCGAGUGGUUGGCCCAUGAGCAUUAAUAUAUGUCGUGUGAAGAUGUUGGUUAACAUCCCUCCAAAAUAAG